CAUACCAUACCAUACCAUACCAUACCAUACCAUUCCGAUCGCUCUACACCAAACAAACAACGAAACAAACAAACAAGCAAAACCAAUAACAGCAGCAGCCAUGAGCAAACUUCUUACUGUCUUCGGUGCGACUGGAAACCAGGGUGGUUCCGUCAUCAGGACCGUUCUCGGGCACCCCCAGCUCUCGAAGCAAUUCCGCAUCCGCGCCAUCACUAGGGACCCGUCCAAACCCUCCGGUAAGGCUCUGGCAGACCAGGGCGUCGAGGUCGUCAAGGCGGACUUGAUGGACAAGUCAUCGCUGGCCACCGCCAUCAAGGGCUCGAAUGCCGUCUUUGCGGUCACCAACUUCUGGGAAACCAUGUCGAAGGAGACCGAGGUGAAACAAGGACGCAACAUCGCCGAAGUUUCCGCCGAGCUCAACGUUGAACACUUGGUCUGGAGUUCACUGCCAAACGUCACUACCCUCAGCAACGGCGCACUUCCGAAUGUCGAGCAUUUCGACGGCAAGGCCGAGAUCGAUGCCUACAUCCGCGAGUUGGGCGUCCCCAUGACCAGUUUUGUCCCCGGCUUCUACAUGAGCAACCUCAAGAGCGCAAUGCAGAAGGGUGAGGAUGGUUCGUACACACUCGCCUGGCCGGUUCCAGCGUCCACAAAGUUCCCACUCUUCUCGGCCGGCACGGAUACGGGCAAAUUCGUGGCGUCGAUCCUGCUCCACCGCGAGCAACUCCUCAACGCCAAUGUUCUCGCCGCCAGUGGCUGGUGGAGCGGACAGGAGAUCGUCGACACCUUCAAGGAGGUGACGGGCAAGAAGGCGCAGUACGCUGAGCCGCCGGCGGACGUGUGGAAGGGCUUCCUGCCAAACGAGAAGAUCGCGCAGGAGAUGCUCGAGAAUUUCUUGUUGGUUCGUGAUUAUAAAUAUUUCGGGGCCAAUGCUGAGCAGAAUUUGACGAGCGCGAUCGAGUUGCUGGAGGAGGCACCACGUUCGCUGAAGGAGUACUUUGAGAGUGAGCAGUGGUAGAUGUCAGAUGUUAUGUGGAUCGACGGACGGCGAUGAGCGGGUGGACUAUGGAAGGACGGCCCGAAACGCGGAGCGUCUUGAUGUUGGUUAGCUGGGGUUGAACGAGAACGAGAGACUUGUCAAUGGAACGUGCGCGCGCGCUUGAUUUCGUUUUACGCGUGAGCACAUCAUAUAAGUGACGGUUGACAUAUAGCCCUCUCUCCGACGUCGUUCCGCCGGAAAGCCUCAGAAGGAACAAGGCAAG